UAACCUAAAAAUGUGACAGUUCUAUGAAAAGAAAUCAGUUGUGGUUAUAUGCUCGGAGAGAAGCACAUGAGACUUAUUGUAUAAUUAAAAUAUAUUAAUUGUUAUCAAUUAAUUGAAAGGUGAAUAUGUCUGUAAAACUAAUUGGUAGAACUACAAAUUUUGAAGGAAAGACAUUAUGGGAGAUAUUAGGAAAUUUGAAAAAUUUUGGUGUAGGUAGAGUUGUCAUUCGCAGUGGACAUCAACGUUAUCCAGAAAAAUGUUUUUAUAGGAUAAUGAAAGUACAAGCUGCAUCGAAUGAGGAUCCUCGAAAGGUUAAAGCUACAGUUGAAAAAGUAUUUCGUGGCAAAAAAUAUCAAGAACUUGUUGAAAUAUAUAGUACUUCCUACAAAGCAGAUUAUAAAUUGAUUCCAAAAUCUGAAGAGGAAGAAUUUUGUAAAAUUGAUAAAGUAGCAGAAGAAAAGAUACUGCCGCGUUUCAUUGAGUGCCCUCCAUUGCUGCGAGAAUUUAUUUUGCGAGAGAAGUUAGAGAAAGGUGAAAAACCUGAAGAACCGAUGUUGCCUGUUAAAAUAUUAUCAAGUCCAUGUAAAUUGGCACGUAUUGCAAAAGAAAAUGAACAACCAAAUAUCAAAUUAACAAUGGGCUUAGGAACGCCAGUGAGUCCAAGUUUAUAUGAAAAUAUUAAAGUUGAUUCAAAAAGACUUUAAUUAUCAAGAAGUUCCGUAAUUCAAGAAUGUCAUCCCUGCCCUUGAGAUCUUUAUAUGCACGAUAACAUUUUUGAAUCACUAGGACUGCAUAGUCUUCAGACCACAGCCAUGAUAAAGGAAAUAUGGGUCGGGG